UACUGAGCUUUUGCAUGCUAGAGCAUUCUUUUACUGGCUUCUCUUUGAAUUUAAUGUUUCUUAUGUAGCCAACCCAAGUCUUAGCGGUCGUCUCUGUUGACUUGAGUUGAUUUUUAGUUAAUUAAAUGCUUUAGUUUAUUAUUUGUUUUCAUUUCUCUCCUACAUUUUUUCUCGACAACCAAAGGUAUUGGCUUGUGUUGAAGCAUCCAGCCUAGCAUCCACGACAGAAAGCACAUUGCAAGGAAUCUCCAAGUGGAUCUUUCGGACGAAAUAUCAUGCUGACAGAAGCAUAGAACGGCGCAAGGCUCGACUCGUCGCCAAGGGGUUUCAUCAACAAGAUGGAAUCGACUACUCUGAGACGUUCAGCCCAGUGGUAAAACCCACCACUAUCCGACUUGUUCUCUCUUUAGCAGUAUCUCAUGGAUGGCCUCUUAGACAAUUGGACAUCGACAAUGCGUUUCUUCACGGGACACUCAUCGACACAGUGUACAUGUCUCAACCUAUUGGCUUCAUUCAUCCUGAAUAUCCAGACUAUGUCUGUAAAUUGCACAAGGCCAUUUAUGGCCUAAAGCAAGCUCCACGCGCAUGGUUUGCGCAACUCAGGUCAUCCCUCUGUGAGUAUGGCUUCCAACAAUCCCAAGCUGAUCCUUCUUUAUUCAUCUACUCUCAUCAAUCUGUAGUGAUUUUUGUGUUGAUUUAUGUGGACGAUAUUGUGGUAACAAGCUCACAUCAAAGCCAAAUCGACCAUUUGAUCUCAUAUCUUGCCUCUGUUUUUCCCUUAAAAGAUCUAGGCCGAUUGUCAUAUUUUUUAGGCAUUGAAAUCACAUACUUAGCAAAUGGUAUUCAUCUCUCCCAAAGGAAAUACAUCUGUGAUAUGCUCUCCAAAGCUAAUAUGCUCUCAGCAAAUGGUGUCACUUCACCAAUGUCAGCCUCCACACGCCUCUCAAUUCAUGAUUCUCCCACCUUCCCUGAUCCCACCCUUUACCGUAGCAUUGUAGGAAGCCUCCAAUACCUCUCUCUAACCCGACCUGACAUAGCUUUCUCAGUGAAUAAAAUCUGCCAAUUCAUGCAUAAUCCCAAACAUUCACACUGGCAGGCUGUCAAACGACUCCUAAGAUACCUCAAACAAACCUUAAACUUUGGUAUCCUUCUCCAAAAAUCAUCUUCACUUCAAAUUCAAGCAUUCUCAGAUGCAGAUUGGGCUGGUUGUCCGGAUGACCGUCGCUCCACGGGGGGCUUUUGCAUUUUUCUUGGAAGCAAUCUUGUUUCAUGGAGUUCUCGCAAGCAACGAACAGUUGCUCACUCAAGCACUGAGGCCGAAUACAAGGCCCUUGCAAACACCACAGCAGAAGUACUUUGGCUACAGUCUCUCCUAAAAGAACUUCAUAUUUUUCUGCCCAAAGCUCCCAUACUAUGGUGUGACAAUCUUGGAGCAACAUAUCUUUCAGUCAACCCAAUCCUUCAUUCCCGCACAAAACACAUGGAAAUAGACUUCCAUUUUGUUCGUGAUAGAGUUGCUGCAAAAACCAUUCAAGUUGCCUUUCUCCCAUCCAAAGACCAGCUGGCUGAUAUCUUCACUAAGCCCAUUGUAUCCACUCGGUUCUCAUCAAUGCGCACGAGCCUCACUGUUGUUGACACCCCGUUAGGCUCGAGGGGGCGUGUUGAAGCAUCCAGCCUAGCAUCCACGACAGAAAGCACAUUGCAAGGAAUCUCCAAGUCAGCAGCCUCUCUAGAACCUUCAGGAAUAACAUAGUGCAAAGUGUGAAUUUUGUUUAUUUGUGAAAUCUGUUGUAACGGCCUUGGCAGAGCACUAUAACAAACUCUGCCAAGCACCACCUCAUGGUUGCACGCCUACUGCUUGCAGUAAGGCCUAGGACAGCUCACAGCAGCUCAUUCCUUUUGUGUAUAUAUACAGCACUGUUAUUCAAUUAUAUCAAUUCAAUGAAAAGCAAAACACACUUUCCUUGAAAAUACUUCUUUAUUCUCUAGUCUUUACAGCUUGGAUUGUUGAUAUGUGGG